AUGGAUGCAGAAGAUGGUCGAUCAAGUCAAGCAUUGGUAAACAUUCAUGUAGAAGAUGUGAACGAUAAUGCACCUGUAUUUUAUCCGGAACAAUAUAACGUAUCGGUACGAGAAGACGUAGAAAUUGGUAGUUCACUGGUAUUACUUUCAGCGAAUGACGCCGAUAGCGGGACUUAUGGAGAGAUACUUUAUCGGUUUGUGACCAAAGAAUCGGACGCUUUCCGAUUGGAUGCAAAAUCAGGUUAUUUAUAUGUAAAAAAAAACCUAUCGAAAGAUUAUAAUUUGAGAGUGGAAGCUGUUGAUGGAGGUGGAAUGGUUAGCGAGAAGCAGGCUGUCGUCUAUAUUACUGUUAUCAGUAAUCUUACACCAACUCCACAAUUUACAAGUACAUUAUACCAAAUUAGCGUAUUGGAAGAAACACUUCCAGGCACUGUAAUUGGAGAAGUUAAAGCUGAGGGGUCACUUCCAAUAAACUACAGUGUGUAUUCCGGAGAUUCAGAUUAUUUCUUUGCCAUUGAUGCUAAAAAUGGUGAAAUUAACGUUGCUCAAUAUUUGGAUGUUGACAAAUGGGAACAGCUAUUACUUAAUAUACAGGCACGGAUGGACGGUGGUGGAGUAAAUUAUACGCAAGUACUUAUCAAAUUAACUGAUACCAAUGAUAACGCUCCAGUCUUUGAAAUGGACAAAGUAGAAUCGUAUAUUUACGAAAAUCAUCCGAUACAUCAGCCAUUCUUUGCUAUACAAGCUUAUGAUAAGGAUCGUGGGAAGAACGGCGAGGUGAUAUAUACUCUGUUACAAAAUGAGCCGCCAUGUCCAGUUUUGGUUAUGCCGUUAAGUGGUGAACUAACACUGAUGGCUAAUUUGGACUUUGAAACGAUCAAUAAGUAUUAUUUGGUGAUACAAGCACGGGAUCAAGGGAUACCACCGCUUACUUCUAACAUCUCUGUAGUGCUUAAUGUCCUCGAUAUUAACGAUAAUAGACCUGAAUUCAAGAAAGAGAUGUAUUCCGUUGAAGUACCGGAAGAUGUUCAACUUAUGACGGACAUCCUGACAAUUCAAGCGGAAGAUUUGGAUAGCGAACAGAAUGCUAGGAUUUCUUAUCGGUUAAGUAAAGAAAAUCGUAAUUUUGACAUCCAUCCUGUAAAAGGAAAUAUUUUCGUGAAAGCAACACUUGAUCGUGAAAUGAUUGCCGAAUAUCGCUUACUAAUCAUUGCUAGAGAUUACGGAAAGCCAGAACUCUCAUCUCAAGCAGUCGUUCAUAUCAAAAUUUUGGAUAUAAACGAUAAUUCACCGUCAUGUCCUACUGCGAAUUCUUUUACGCUUACUAAUAACAUCGAUGUUGGUGAAAUAUUUGAAAAAGUGAUUGCAACAGAUCCGGAUGAGGGUUUGAAUGGGAGUUUAUUGUAUCGCUUACACGUAGAGGAUGUCAAUUUUGCUAUCAAAGAAAACGGAGAAUUAUUCCUGAAAAAGAAACUUUCGGAAAAAGACUACAGAAAAGAAAUCCGCCUGUCAGUAGUAGUUCUCGAUCGAAAUGGUGACAUGCAAUCUCGAUCAACUAUCUGUCCAAUUCGCAUCAUUGUUGGAAAAAUGCAUUCUAAAGUCGAAUUUCUGGAACCAAUGGAUCGCAUCAUUAAGAUCGAUGGGAAAUGCGCAUCAGGCUGUUUAUUAAAGGUGUUGAAUGCAACGGAUGUUGCUAGAUGGGAAAUUGAAAUGAGCGAUAUCUCGAGUAAUUUUGAGAUUUCGAACAAUACUCUUCGUACUUCGACAUAUUUCAAUGCAACCACAAUAAAGGACAGUCGAACGCUCUCCAUAAUAGCAUUUGAUAAUGAUGGACACCAAAAACAAAUUACAUUUACUAUUCAUAUAUCUAUUUUGGGAAUUUCGCAUCUGGGCGAUAAGACAACUGUGAUAAGGAUAUCGAGAACUAUUCCGGUUGGUUCAAAAUUGGUGAAACUGAGUAAUGAACGGAAUAGCGAGACAUUUUGGCAUUUGGAGAAUGAGACAGAUGCAUUCUACCUGGAUAGUAUCACUUCUACAUUAUAUCUUACAACAAGUAUCCGUUGGGCUCGCGAUAAAAGUUAUCUUCUCAAAGUACAAAAGUGGGAUUCACAAGAUCAUUAUCAAAUCGAACAACAAAAUGUUUAUAUCGAAGUAGAACCAGCAAAUAUCCACUGGCCUCAUUUUUCCGAUUGUCCACGAUUUUUCACGAUUGAAGAAAAUGAGCGGACAGGUUCGAUAAUCGGGAAAGUAUCUGCUGAAGAUGCUGAAGAAGAUACUGCUGGACAGUUGAGUUAUUCGAUAGUUGAAGGUUCUAAAGGCUUGUUUUCGAUUGAUCCAGACACUGCUGAAAUAUUACUGAUUCGAUCGUUACAUUGGAAGAAGGAUUUAUCGCUGUUUCUAGUGGUAGAAGCGAAAGAUAACUAUCGGGACGUGACAAAACGUUCGCACUGUGUUGUUUUCAUCGAUGUAGAAGAUACCAACGAUCAUCAGCCACAGUUUUUAAGUUCACAGAAGAUAACGAUAAAUAAUAAUUUUAUUGACGGUGAUAUCAUCCAUCAUGUUGUUGCCACAGACGAUGAUGCUGGCGAUAAUGCCAAAAUCACUUAUGCGCUUGUUGAGGGGAAUACGGACGACGCGUUCAUUAUCGACCCAAAUACCGGUACUUUGGCUCUCAGACAUCGUUUCAACGGUGAACGAAGUAUACGCAUUCGAGCUAGUGAUAAUGGUGUACCACCGAAGUAUAUGGAAAAAAAUAUCACCGCUAAAUUUGAUUCAGGUCAUCGACAGUGGAGAUUUUUUCCACAACGGAAAUAUUUUAUUAGUAUGAAUAACAGCGCUACGCCAGGAACUGUUCUGUUUGACUUCUUCGUAAAAAUGACAGCAUCAGGAGAAGAAAGAUUGAUCGACUGGGCAUCUAUCCAUCUGAGCGUAAUUGGUUCUAAUCAAUACCCACCAAGAAUUUCUUCUUCAAGUUGCGGUAAUUUGACAAUACGUGAAAACGUUGCUGCAAAACAUCUUACUCGUAUUUAUGCGUGGGAUGAAGAUGAUGGUAGUGAUGGUGAAAUUUUUUACAAAAUAGUUGCUGGAAACGAAAAUUCUGCCUUUUACCUCAAUUCUUCAACGGGGUUGCUGUCAUGUCGUGAGUUGGAUCGUGAACUACAAUCGCAUUAUUUUUUGGUGAUCACUGCUGAAGAUCAAGGUAUUCCAAGAAGAGCUGAUACUUGCACGUUGCGGAUCACAGUAACCGAUGAAAAUGAUAAUGUGCCUGUUUUCGAUGAUACUAUUCCGACAUUGAUAGAGAUUAAUGAUAACAGACAACUUGGCGAAAUAUUAGGAAGGUUAUCAGCAACAGAUCAGGAUGAGGGUCCAAAUGGCAAAAUUACCUACAGCAUUGUCGAUGAUAUCAGCGGUCUCUUGGAUAUUCGAGCUGAUACUGGAGAAAUCAUUUUUGCUAGAGAUUAUUUGCUUGCACAGAGCAACUAUACAGUCACAGUAAAAGCGGAGGAUCAAGGAGUUUCUCGAGUUUUGUCAUCGGAAUUUGACAUCCAGCUUCAUUUGAUCAGAUCCAAAUCAGAACCAGCAUUGGAACCACAGUUUCUAAGCGAACAUUACAUUGGUUUUAUAAACGAAGGUGAACAACGCGGGCAAUUCGUACUUCAGGUUCGUAGCUUAGAUCGUUUGACUGAAGAUACACCGUUAGCAUACAGCAUUGUAAGUGGUAAUAUAGAUGCAGCAUUCGAUGUCGAUGAUAAUGGACGCAUAACAACUGCUCAGGAAUUGGAUUACGAGAUUGAAAAUGUUUACACUUUGAAAGUGAUCGGAACGGGCAGCGUGAAAAACACGCCUGAAACAGAUGUACAUAUAAGAGUGAUCAAUACAAACGAUAAUGUCCCAUCAUUCCCAAUGCUGAAAACUCGGAAACUAUUUGAAUCAGCAACAUACGGUACUUUGGUAGGAACGGCAGUAGCGACAGAUGUGGACGCCGAUACACAACUGGAAUACAGUUUAUUGUCAUCCGAUGAUCUGUUCGAAAUUGAUCCAUUCACUGGGAAAAUAUUUCUGAUUCAAAAUUUGGAUUAUGAAACCAAUAAAGAGCAUACCAUUCAUAUUCAGGUAACAGACGGGGAAAACACAUCACGUGCUACUUUACGAAUAAUUGUGGAAGAUGUUAAUGAUAAUGUACCCCAAUUUGAGGAGCAAUUCUACCUGAUUAAUAUUGCAAGAGAUGUUGAGUUCGGUUCAACGAUUGCUAAAAUACGAGCAAAUGAUCCGGACACAGGGCUUGCUGGUACAGUUCGCUAUGAACUAGCAAUGAAUAGCGUGAAAGGUUUCAGGAUUGAUCCUGAAUUAGGCGAUCUAUUGGUGAUCGGCAAACUGGAAGAUCAGUCAACAUAUUAUCUAAAGGUUCACGCAUUUGAUUGGGGUAAGCCAGUGCAAAGUUCUGUCGUUGCUGUUCAAAUCAAUGUUGGAAUUGAAGAUUACGACCGGAAACCCAUACGGUUCACUGAAACAUCAUUCAAUUUUACGAUACCGGAAAACACUCAUCCAUACACUGAGAUUGGCAAAGUGACUUUAAUGGGCCAAUUACCAACAAACACAUUGUUGCGGAUUCAAAAUUUCGAGCAUGCCAAUAUUUUCGAAAUCUCCAGCGAUGGUUCAGUUUUUCUGAAAUAUCCUAUUGAUGCUGAAUUCAAAAGUGAAUUUGAGUUCUCGGUUGAGGCAUCGUCGCCGUAUGCGAUAUAUAAUUCAUCCGCAAAAGUGUAUGUGAAAGUAGCGGAUUUAAAUGAUAAUGUACCAUAUUUUACAGAAAAAAUCAAUGAAAUAACGAUUAACGCAGGAAUGGUUAGAAAUGAAGUAUUAGCGAGAUUUGUGGCUACGGACAGUGAUAGUGGUGAUAACGGACGCGUUUCUUAUCAAGUGCUAUCUGGAAACGAUUAUGGAAUGUUCAAUUUGAACAGUUCUUCCGGAAUAUUGUAUUUGGAGAAAAAUGUUGAUAUUGAGGAAAUGUAUUUAAAUGAUAAUCUUAAUAACCUAUUAAUUGCGGCUUUCGAUAACGGUGCACCACCUCGAUUUAAUUGGACCUCGGUUCGAAUCCGUUUUGAUUCCAAUUUCUCAUCAGCUAGUGCUCCGUUCUUUGUCGUUUCACAAUACGAAGCGAGCAUAUUCGAGGAUUUACCGAAAGGAAGUGUUGUAUUACGUUCAAAAGCUGUCAAUAAAUUAGGAUUGUCUGAUAGUAAUUGGGUUUACACAGUAACAGAUACCAACGAGUCAUUUGCAUGCAACAGAAGUACUGGCUAUAUAGAACUUAUCAAAGAUUUGGAUUUCGAAACGCAGACAAAAUAUGAAUUCAUCCUGAAGGUUCAAGAUAAUCGCAAUCGAUCAGCAACAGUAUCAGUUCGUAUCCGAGUUCUUGGUAUUGAUGAAUAUCCACCAAUUUUCACAAAAACUAAUUAUGUCCUUCAAAUUCCGAAAAAUUCCCAAAUUGGUCAACGUAUUGGAGUCAUAUCAGCAACGGAUCACGACUCGGGUAUAAAUGGUGUAAUCCGGUAUGAAAUACAAGGAAGUGCAGCGCGAUAUUUAGAUAUUGAUCCGAGCACAGGGCAAAUUGUGCUAUCACACACGCCCCAUUACAGGACAGCCACCAAUGUUACAAGUGAUGAAUUAAUAGUGAUCGCUAGUUCUAGUGCAAAGCAAAGUUCUUGGACUAAAGUGAUCAUAAAGAUUGGUGACUUCUCGCCGCCGGAUGUGUUGUUAACAACAAAAACUUUGACAGUAACCCAAAUCUUGACCAUUGGCUCGUUAUUGUUACUUUUCUUUCUAUUGUUCGCUCUUAUUUUACUGAUCAUCAAUAUGAAGACGAAAAGCCGUACAAAACCAAAGAAACAAGUUUAUAGCAUUAACAAAGAUAACUUUGCGGUGGUAGGAGACUUGAAUCGAUCAUCGUUAUGUCAUGAACGAGAAACACAGCUCGUCCCGCUUCCCUCUUCACCCUAUGCCAAAUUUAAGAAUUCUUCCUCAUCUUUCACACAUGCCAAUAAUAACUCUGCGAAAUUUACCUUUAAAUCACCGAUGGAAACACAAAUGGGAAAUCAUCCUGCAUCGUAUUCAAUGCCUGAUUCAGGUAUUGAUCUGGAUGAUAUAUCAAUUACAAGUUCGGUCACUGAUUAUCUUAAUCAGGUUGGAGUGACACCGAAUAAGUAUUUCGAAUCAAAUCAAGGCUCAUCCAGAGGACCUUUUGCAGUUUGUAAAGAUGAAGUACACGGCGAUCCAGAAAUCAAUGAUUUGAUUUAUGCUAAAGUAGACGAAAUUUUGAGUCCAGCAAGUCGGAUGAAUGCUUGUUUCACAUCAAACAGCUCAAUCAAUAUUUGCUCAUUUAAUGCUAAUGUGGUUAAUUCUGAUUCAGUACCGGUAUUUCAACCACUUAGUGAACUUUUAUUGGAUAUGAAGAAGCAGCGGCAUUAA